GCCUGGAUGCGUCUCAUUCUUAUCACGUUACCACAGCUUGUCGUUUUAGCGAAGAUUUUGUGCAUCCUGAUGGUGGUGAUGUGCGGGGCGGCGCCGACGAUGGUGCGCUCCGUGAGUCUCCACGCGGUUUGCAGCGGCCGCAAUGUUACCGUAAUAGGCCGCACAGUCACAGCCGAGCAGCGCAACGAUAGCAAUGCAGCCUACCAGGAACUCACUACGCGAUCGGAGGAUUUCAGCAGGCAGCUGUACAUCUAUGCGGAGAAGAGCCAGCGAUACAUUUGUUUCAACAAGCGGUGGAAACUUGUUGCCUUGCCGAAGGAGCAGAAGGGACCGAUGUGCCAGUUUUUCGAGAUGUACCGCGACCAGUAUCUCAGCUACAGGAGCGUCGUCGACAAGACGCGGUACAUCGGCUUCAACAGCCGGGGCAAGCCGAUCAAGAGACCCCACGGCAGGAAGGAGUGCUUCAACUUCAUGAAGUACAACCCCCACGUCGACAUAAGCCACCACAACAGCCUGGUGAACGCGCAGAUGGGCGGCAUGGAGCCGCGGGAGCCGUUCCCCGUCUCGAGGAAACCGUCGCCGGUCACGAGGGCCACGAAGAACUUCCUGCUGCAGGCCGACAGCGCGAGGGACCACGUCCAAACGCCCCCGCACCGCCAGCGGCACCUGAGGAAUCGCUGGAAGCAGCGGCAGAACGGGAAGAACUCGGCGCCCCGGAGACGGUCGGAGAACUGCUUCGUCCAGGCCAGCAAGUAAUGAGAGCCGCCAACAACGGGUAACGAGCUCGCCGAUCAAGACUGCCUCCUCCAUACCCCGUGAGAACCUGAGAUCAGACUGCCAAAUACGCUGGUGGAAGCCGUACCGGUCGGGAUGUCAGGAGCCCACUUAGCGGCGCCCCGUGAGUCGCGACUCGAAGCACCCAUGUAUUCGUUCGAUCGGUCGCGAGGCUGAGCGAGGGCGCGGCACGCUCCGGGCAUUAAGCAUAACACACCCACGCUCGCCGUUAGCUGCGCCGAUGGCCGCUUCCGCCUUCGAAGAAGCCGCCGUCGUCGGAGAUAACGCGCGUCCGGAUCGUGGGGGGACGAAGCGUGCGCGCGGAAGCGCGCGGAUGUUCCCGCUGAUAUAUAAAGCUAUCUCAAUUUCACGCGGUUAAGUUCGAUUUACACUUGCCCCGACUGACCCCCUUCAGGCAAGUAUGUAUAACGAUAAGAGCGUUUCUUUUUUAUCGUUGAUUCCCCCGUGAGUUUGGUUCGCGCGAUGAAUCGCUCUCGUUCUCCCCCUCCCUCCCCCGUCCUUCUGUCCAUCCUUUUUUAUUCACUCUCGCGACCUGUCUGUUUUCCUCUAUCUAUUUCCUCCUUCCCGCCUUGUUUUCAUCCCUAUGACGAAGCGCGUGGCCAAUUAGUAUACUUCUUUUUCACACUCGAUACUGCGCGUUGAGCGGUACCGCGCGCGCCAGCCAAUGCAAAUUUGCUCGAGCCGUUGUUGCCCGGUCGGAUCGUUCGGCGAACAACCGAGAACAACAGGAGGUUGAUUCACGGUUACGUAGAUAUCGUGCGUAGCGCAACCGAACGGCUGCUGUGCUUCGAGCGCGGUCACCGGUCCGCGAAUGUAGCGCGAAGAGACGCGCGGACGGCGCACGCCGGCGAACACAUG